GAGGGGGAGGUUCCCGAAAUACCUGUCUGUAAAUAUACAACUCCUUUCUCCUCGGUGCUUUCGAGCAUCGCCAAACGACAGCAUUGGGACAAAGUGUCGAAAAAAAGGAGGAAGGAUGAAUUCUUCAAGACGAAGCGAGAGUGAUUGGCAAGGUUUGGUGAACGAGUUCCUGGUGUGUAAGCGGAAGCUGGAGAGCAAGAAGGAGGCCCUGCUCAUCCUGUCCAAGGAGCUGGACAGCUGCCAGCAGGAGCGGGACCAGUACAAGCUGAUGGCCAAUCAGCUGCGGGAACGGCACCAGGGCCUGAAGAAGAAGUACAGGGAGCUGAUCGAUGGUGAUCCCACUCUUCCACCUGAGAAACGAAAUCAGGUGAACCUGGCCCAGCUACUAAGAGAUUCCAGAGAAAAGAGUAAACAGCUCUCUGAGGAGGUGAAGGAGUUAAAUCAGCGUCUUGCCGAGGCACAGGGUGACAACAAGCUCCUGAGGAUGACCAUCGCCAAGCAGAGGCUGGGGGAUGAGGAGGUGGGGGCGCGGCACUUCCCCGCCCACGAGCGCGAGGACCUGGUCCAGCAGCUGGAGAAGGCAAGGGAGCAGAACGAGGAGCUGGAGCACAGCCUGAAGGCGGCGACGGACGAGCUGCAGGACGUGAGGGCCGAGCGCAACGUCUUCCAGGAGAAGGCCAACCGGCUCAACCGCGAGCUCAACCACAUCCUGGGGGGCCACGGGAGCCGCAUCAUCGACGUGGACGCCCUCUGCGUGGAGAACAGAUAUUUACAUGAGAGGUUUAAGCAGCUCCAGGAAGAGGUGAACCUGCUCAAAGCCAACGUCAUGAAGUACAAGAGUGCUCUGGAGAGGAGGAAGAAUUCCAAAAUCUACGGGAGGUCCAACAGCAGCGCUCUCACUGGGGUCCUCUCUGCAAAGCAAGUCCAGGAGCUGCUUCUGUCGGAGGAGAGUGGCUGCAGCCUGCCGGCCACGCCCCAGUCCAUCUCGGACCUGAAGUCCCUGGCCACCGCGCUGCUGGAGACCAUCCACGAGAAGAACAUGGUCAUCCAGCACCAGCGGCAGACCAACAAGAUUCUGGGAAACCGAGUGGCAGAGCUGGAGAAGAAGCUGAAGACCCUGGAAAUGUCUGGCUUAUGGAGUCUCCCAGGCCUCACCUACAAUGUGUCCCUGGGAUUUGGAAGGGCAAGAGAUGUCAUCACCAUGAACGAGAGCCAGCAGAUGGGCCCCGUGCAGGAGCCGGAGCAGCCGAGAACGCAGCAGCCCACAGAUGGUGGGACAGGCACAGUGGAAGGGGGUGUGGCCAGCGAUGACAGUGACCCGAAUGCUCUGCCCACCUCCCGAGCAGGGCCGGAUGGAAGAAGUGAGGAGGGUGGGCCUGUUUGCUCAGACUCGUCCGACUGCGGCGUCAGAGACGGGGCGAUUCCGCCCCCCACGGGGAAGGACACGGGUAAGUUUUGGGCGGGGACUGUGAAGCCGACAGAGGGACAGGCCACCGCCCACCAGGAGGAAGCCGAGCAGGAGGAGGAGAUUCCUGAGUGGGGCCCGGUGGAGGAGACGGGCCUCGCCCCCACGUCAGAGCCCGACUCGCCGCUGGACGGCCCCUCAGAACUCUGCCUCCGGCAAGCCCCUCCCGCCACCAUGGGCCCCGCCCCCGAGGAGGAGCACCACUCAGACUCCGCCCUGGAGGAGGAGCCUCUUGAGGGCAUGAGCGCGGAGAUCUCCAGCUGCGAAGAGGCCGUCUCCCCCACAGCUGAGCCCCGGUCCCCUUUCAGCAGCCGCCCCCUCGCGGAGGAGUCCAGCAGUCCGUGCCGGACGGUGCACAGGAGGGACAGCUACUCCAGCGAAAGCCUGGCAUAGGCCCUCCUCCUCUCACCGCCCAGGCAGAAAGAGCAGCUGUGUAAGAGGGAGAGCCACGCUGACCUGCCUCAGCAGGGGGGCCCUGCCUCCCCCCUCUGCGCCCGUCUCUCCUCCCUCCUGGGUGUUUUCGGUGCGACACCAGCGUUUCCUGACCAGCACAGAGAGGGCUUCGCGCUCCAUACUGCUCAGUUCAGUCUGAGCUUGAGAACCUCUGCCUGUCAGACACACAGUCUUCACGAGAUUGGCGGAGGCGGGAGACCGGGAGAUCAAACAGUGGGAGGGGUUUAUUGCUUGUUGACACGCCCCUCCUGUCAGAGCCCCGCCCCUUUGUUCUCCGCCUGUACUCUGCCGUUCAGAAACAAUGAGUCCGUGUGAUUGUAUUUCAUAUUCUAGGCUUCCAUCACCAUUUUACAAUGCAUUUAAAUGCACAUACAAGGCUCUCUCUGUGAGUGGUGGGGAACAACUCACAAAGAAACCCUCACAAAGUACACUUUCUUUUACUUUUUUUUUUUAUUACAGCUUUUUAUGUGAAGGACUGUUUGAGUGUCAUGUGGUGGCUUGUCAUAUUAUCAGUUUGGUCAAUCAAGUUGUUAGCGCACCGAACUCUUACAUAAGUAAUAUGAGCAAUAACCGUGGCAUAGCACAGCUGAAUAGGCUGUGAACCGGGGGGCAUUUCCGUUGCAUAAAGGCACAUGCUUUUCAGUGCCCCCCCCCCCGCAUCUCACUCAAGCAUAUCAUGAGAUCGCUUCUGUGCAGGGGCGGAGCACUCCCUCAGCUGGAGCUCAGAGCGUCAGAGCCGUCAGAAAGGAUGCAGAGAGGGCACGAGUGCUUGUCGGGCAGCGACAGCUUAGCUGCACAGGCAUGGCAUCUCUCACACAACGCUGGCAGUCCUGUGAUGUGAUCUUCUCUGAAGUUCAAGGCAUGCCCGCCCCCGCCCCCUUUCCCCUUCCUGCCUACCCUCAGACCGCUGACCGGGAGCCAAUCCUAAAUUACAGGGGGGCGGUGGUGCUGUAAUUUGAAGUUUUGGGAUGGUUCGUCCUGCGUGUUCAAAACCGCUUCCGUGCCGCGAUUAUGUGUAAU